UCCCCGCCCGCGCGCGCUCACGCAGACAUGUCCGCGACCGCCGGCCCGCGCGUCGCCCUCCUCCCCCAUCGCGCGCGCGCGCGCGCGCGCGCCACGCGCGCGUCCGCGUCGUCGAACCCGCCCGCGGCAUCCUCCGCGGCCUCCGCGGCCACGUCGACGUCGACGACGCCGUCAUCGCUUCCCGGGGCGCCGACGCCGACGCAGCUGUACGCCGCCGACGCGCGUCAGACGCGAUACGGCGCGAACGUCGCGCGGUACCUCGUCGACCUCCACGACCACCCGCCGGGCGCGACGUUCAACUUCUGCGGCGGGAUGAUGUUCGGGCUCGUCCUGAGCGACGCGCUGCGAUCGCACCUCGCGACGGUCGCGGCGAACGGCGAGAGCGAUCCCGCGCAGCCGGUCCCGCACACCGCGCAUCGGAUGGCGUCGCUGCCGGAGUACGCGCGAGACGCGAGCGCGGACGACGCGACGAUCUUCCACGGGAGAGAGAUUCGCGGCGUGACCGGCGCGCGCGGCGGGGUGAGCAUGGUGAUUCAUCUCUCUCUCGCGAACGGAGAAGAUCCGGAGGGGUGGACGUCGGGCGAACGCGAAGACUACGCGGGCUGGCUCAGCGACCGGCAGCGGCGGUGGCGCGACGGGAACGUCUUCGCGGAGGAGGGCUUCGCGGGGUUUAAGCAAAAGUUUGGCGAAGACGCGUUCACGUUGCACCACCGGUUCUACCUCCAUCGGGACAUGCAAGGCGGGUUUUGGCUCUCCGCGGAGGACGGGUGCGAGGGCGUCGCGGAGGAGGCCAAGCCGCGCGGGAGAGACUUCGGCGGCGGCGCGUCCAUCUUCGGGAGGUGAGACGGUGACUCGCGCGUUAUAUUCCGAGUUGAUUUUCAUGUGUAC